AAAGCCUUGGUUUGUUUUUCAGGGUGCAAAGUAUGUUUAAGUGCAUUAACCGAACGGCCCAGUGUACGAGAUAUCUCCACUCAGCAGGCAGUUUCUGUUUCAAUCAAGAUUUUAGGCUGGUGUCAUCCCUGCCACUCAGAAUGACCGACCCAGCUGUGAUGAGGGUGGUUAGUGACAUCAUUCGCUCCCCCGAAGAUAAACGGGUUUAUAGAGGUUUGGAGUUUACCAAUGGCUUGAAAGCCAUGCUCAUCAGUGACCCAACAACAGACAAAUCCUCAGCUGCUCUUGAUGUCCACAUAGGUUCAUUAUCAGACCCAGCCAACAUCUCUGGCCUGGCGCACUUCUGUGAACACAUGCUGUUUCUGGGAACAAAGAAAUACCCCAAGGAGAAUGAGUACAGUCAGUUCCUCAGUGAGCAUGCAGGCAGCUCUAAUGCCUUUACCAGUGGGGAGCACACCAACUAUUACUUUGAUGUGUCCCAUGAGCACUUGGAAGGAGCACUAGAUAGGUUUGCUCAAUUCUUCCUGUGCCCACUGUUUGAUGAGAGCUGUAAGGACCGGGAGGUGAAUGCUGUCGACUCCGAGCAUGAGAAGAACCUGAUGAAUGAUGCCUGGAGGCUGUUCCAGUUAGAGAAGGCCACUGGCAACCCUAACCACCCCUUCAGUAAAUUUGGAACAGGUAACAAAUUGACCCUUGAGACCCGGCCAUCUAAAGAUGGGAUCGACAUCCGUCAGGAGCUCCUGAAAUUUCACUCUACAUAUUACUCCUCUAACCUAAUGGGGCUGUGCGUGUUAGGAAGAGAAUCAUUAGAUGAGCUGACCUCUAUGGUGGUGAAGCUAUUUGGAGAAGUGGAGAACAAGAACGUACCAAUCCCAGAAUUCCCCGAGCACCCCUUCCAGGAAGAACACCUCAAACAAUUCUACAAAGUGGUGCCUAUUAAAGACAUCAGGAACCUAUAUGUGACCUUUCCCAUCCCCGACCUACAAAAGUACUACAAAUCUAACCCAGGACAUUAUCUGGGACAUCUGAUUGGUCACGAAGGACCCGGAAGUUUGUUAUCUGAGCUGAAAUCUAAAGGCUGGGUGAACACACUUGUUGGAGGGCAGAAAGAAGGAGCCAGAGGGUUCAUGUUCUUUAUCAUCAAUGUGGACUUGACCGAGGAGGGUCUCUUGCACGUUGAGGACAUCAUCUUCCACAUGUUCCAGUACAUCCAGAAACUGCGCACCGAGGGGCCUCAGGAGUGGGUGUUUGAGGAGUGCAAGGAUCUAAACAAAGUGGCCUUCAGGUUCAAGGACAAAGAGCGACCCCGUGGCUACACUUCCAAAGUGGCUGGUCUCGUACACUACUACCCUCUCGAAGAGGUUCUAGCAGCAGAGUACCUUUUGGAGGACUUCAGGCCAGACUUGAUCGAAAUGGUGCUGGACAAGCUGAGACCAGAACAUGUCAGAGUUGCAGUGGUGUCAAAGUCAUUUGAAGGACAAACAGACAAGACAGAAGAGUGGUACGGUACACAGUACAAACAGGAAGCCAUCUCUGAAGACUCCAUUGAGAAAUGGGCAAGUGCAGACCUCAACGGCAAGUUCAAAUUGCCCAUGAAAAAUGAGUUCAUCCCCACCAACUUCGAGAUCUACUCUCUUGAGAAAGACUCUCCAUCAGUGCCCACUUUAAUCAAGGACACUGCCAUGAGCAAGGUGUGGUUCAAGCAGGAUGACAAGUUCUUCCUGCCCAAGGCGUGCCUGAACUUUGAGUUCUUCAGCCCGUUUGCGUACGUGGACCCGUUGCAUUGUAACAUGGCAUAUUUAUACCUGGAGCUCCUCAAGGACUCCCUCAACGAGUAUGCAUAUGCAGCCGAGCUAGCUGGCUUGAACUAUGACCUCCAAAAUACCGUCUAUGGGAUGUAUCUGUCUGUUAAGGGUUACAAUGACAAACAGCACAUCCUGCUAAAGAAGAUCAUUGAGAAGAUGGCCACCUUUGAGAUAGACGAGAAGCGCUUUGACAUCAUCAAAGAAGCGUACAUGAGGUCUUUGAAUAACUUCAGAGCCGAGCAGCCUCACCAGCACGCGAUGUACUACCUCCGUCUACUAAUGACCGAGGUUGCUUGGACCAAAGACGAGCUCAGAGAGGCUCUGGACGAUGUAACUCUCCCACGCCUCAAGGCCUUCAUACCUCAGCUAUUGUCACGGCUACAUAUUGAAGCCCUUCUCCAUGGCAACAUCACCAAGGAGUCUGCUCUUGGCAUGAUGCAAAUGGUGGAGGACAAGCUCAUUGAGCAUGCUCACACAAAGCCCCUCCUCCCAAGCCAACUGAUUCGCUACAGAGAGGUGCAGGUUCCAGACGGCGGCUGGUAUGUCUACCAGCAGAGGAACGAGGUGCACAACAACUGCGGCAUUGAGAUCUACUAUCAGACAGACAUGCAGACCACCCACGACAACAUGCUGUUGGAGCUGUUCUGUCAGAUCAUCUCCGAGCCCUGCUUCAACACACUGAGAACCAAAGAACAGCUGGGCUACAUCGUGUUCAGUGGGCCCCGGCGGGCUAAUGGAGUGCAAGGCCUGCGCUUUAUUAUCCAGUCAGAAAAAGCGCCCCACUACCUGGAGAGCCGCGUAGAGGCUUUCCUGUGCACCAUGGAGAAGUCUGUGGAGGAGAUGAGUGAGGAAGCUUUCCAGAAACACAUCCAGGCCCUGGCCAUCCGCCGCCUGGACAAGCCUAAGAAGCUGUCUGCUGAGUGUGCCAAGUACUGGGGAGAGAUCAUCUCCCAGCAGUAUAAUUUUGACAGAGAUAACAUUGAAGUGUCCUAUCUGAAGACUUUGACAAAAGAAAACAUAAUGAACUUCUACAGGGAACGGCUGACAGUAGAAGCCCCAAAGAGACACAAGGUGUCUGUGCACGUCCUGUCCAGAGAGAUGGACUCCUGUCCAAUAGUGGGAGAGUUUCCCGCUCAGAAUGAUGUCAACCUGGCCCCUGCUCCCUCCCUGCCGCAGCCCACGUUGGUUCAGGACAUGACUGAGUUCAAGAGGAGCCUGCCUCUCUUCCCCCUCGUCAAGCCUCACAUCAACUUCAUGGCUGCCAAACUGUAAGCGAGUAUGGCAGGUCGACACGCAGCAGCACGGAGGCGCUUGGGAGAGCCACAGUGAGGGACCCCGCUCUGUUUCCCACCUGCAACCCUCCCGCCAGGAAGACUUUCAUCUGACUGAGCCUGCGUGUGUGUGUUUGCGCGGGUGCAUGUGAAUGUGUGUGUGUGCACGUGUGGCAGGCUGGAGCCACUAGAAGAGAUGCUUGGAAACAAAUGCGUGUUAUUUUGAAUCACAAAAGUUAGCCGUGGUCGUCGACAUAGCUGUGAUAACGAUAGAGGUCGCAGCAGGCUCACCUCAUGUUCUGAGUCUCCGAAAUGAGACGCAACACUCACACGCAUCACAGUACUGUGUCGGCUGUCGUAGAGGAAAUAGAAGCAACCUAAAAAAAAUAGUAAAAAAAAGACGAGGCCCAGAUCCCUUUCAACAAGUUAAAGUGUAACACAGAACAGAAGCUUCACAGCAGGAGGCGUUUUCUUUGAAUUAUUCAGACAUGCUGCUUUGAGAACAGAUAGCUGGUUGAUUGUGAUGCACUGGGAGCUGUAGAAGUUAAAGAGCUCCAUGAAGGUCUUUUCUUUUAUUUGUCGGACUGGUUUGUUUUUCCAUGUAACUCUCUGAAGCACCACGGCCUCGGACAAAUGGAAUAUUUUAGUCAAAUUGAUGCAUUUCUGAAGAAUAUCUGCUUUAUCAUUAUGGUUUUAAUCCUCACAGGUUUUGAAAUGUUGCUUGUAAACUGGUAAAAUGUUGGGAGCCUUUGAGGAGCUGUUUGAGAUCGCUGAUCGCAGAGAGCCACGCCCACGACAGUUAAUUUUUAUUUUUUAUUGCAUUUUAUGGUAGUAUGUAAUUAAGACACCUCAGGGGUACAUCUAUGCUGUUUUUUUAACAUUCGAUUUUACUAGUGAUUAAAAAUAAAAAUUUUAUCAAUCUGUCAUUAGUACUUAAAAUUCUUAUUGGUCCUCUCCGGCUUAUUUUUGUAAAACUGAAAGGAAAUAACAGCAACAGUAUUUUUAUUUUUCUCAUUUUGUAAGCUCCAGGGAGAUUGUAGUUCUUUUUACAUUCUGUGUCUGCAUGUGAGACUUUCUGCAGCUUGUGCCUUUCAAGGGGGGCAUCACUUAUUCUGUAUCUGGCUGCUCCCGCUCUGAGUCCUGAAGGAUCGAACCCCCCAAAAUUUGCUGAACUCUGCUUUGGCACUUACAGCAGAGAUGUUAAAAAAGCAGCUAGCCUUUUCCUCUUAAUAGAAACAUUUUACACUGAUGUCUGAAAGGGGUUGAGAAAAAGCUCUAGUCUGGAUUUUUUUCUGAAUAUAUGCACUUCUCUCACUAAGCAAUAACCUUAAUGAUGUGGACAGGGAACAGAGGCAGAGUGAGAUGCGGCUCUGCCCUGCUGAGUAGCUGAAUCCACCCCGAGCACAAAGCUCCAGUCUAAAGUGCAAAGAGGGCCGUGUCCCUUCUGAGCAGCUGUCGGUGCGUGGAUAGCGCCAUGCAAGCUCAAUCUGCGCUCUCAGGUGCUAACCAGCUUUGCCGUGUCAAACCACUGCUGGUGGAGCUGCCACUCUGUCCAAAGAGCCAAAAAUCAGAGUUGAGAUUUAAUUUUCCCCUCCCCACCAUAGCUGCUCUCAGGCUGUUGUUCCCUCACAUAAUGCUGCAGUUUGAAAGAAUGAUUUUGGAGAGUUGUAUGAUUGUGCUGCAUCAAAAGCUUCUUCAAUGUUUUCCAGCAUUUUGCUACGUCUCAACCUGAUCAAAACCAUUUCAAUUUUUUUAACAAUUAUCAUCUGCUAUUCGCUCUUGUGGUCGAAACUCAAAGACAACCAGCAGCAGCUUACUUCAGUUAUUCUCUAAAUCCUCCAACCCGUAGCUCAACAUCACGUGGGUAUAGUGACAAAGCCGUUUUCAUGCAGAAGAAACUAGCAACAUUACAUAUCAGGCUUGUGUGGGCCAUGCACUGUUUACCUUGUGAAGUACCUAGUGACUGGUUUACAUUUAGAAAAUCAGAAGCAUAUUUUUAAUUUCAGAAUGUCUUUGGCAACUCGAAAAAAACGGAUUUGCCGGUGACAUUUUGUUCUUUUUAUCGUCUCCUGUGUGUUUGUAAUUAAUAAACUACUGAAUGGA